UUAAACUGUUUACUUGUAUCAGGCCGAUGAAUGGCAUAUGGAGCUUUACUUAGUUAGUGUUUGGAUCGAAGACUUUGUUGCUUGACUUAUAAAACAAAAUUGAAAGAGUUUUCUUUAAAAUAAAUUGUGUUUAACAGCCAUACUCUGACGUUACAUUUCAAUUUAAUUUAACUUUGCUGAAAUCUCAUUAUUGAACAUGGCAACAUUUCCUGUGUCUUCUGGUGCUGAAGAAAAUGUUGUGGAUAAAGAAUAUUGUUGUUCAAUCUGCAAAGAGCAAAAUACAGAGAUAAAUGCUACUUUUUACUGUAAAAAUUGCAAUAAAUUUUUCUGUGAACAAUGUAUUAAUUCUCACAGUAAGCAUGGUCUGUGGUUCAAUAAACAAUCUCCUUAUGGAAAGGAUAAAAUAAUGAAGUGGCCACUUUCUAAGAAAAUGGAGAAUUAUCUUUUAACAUGCGAUAUUCACAAAGAUGAAAAAUUAACAAAGUUCUGCAAGGACCACAGUCGGUUAUGCUGCUAUACAUGUGUUGUCCUUGAUCACAGUCGGUGCAUUCAAUUGAAAGUUCUUUCUGAAGUCAAAAGGCAGUCAUCAGAUUUAAAGAAAUUGUCAGUCAGAGUUUUAAAUACGCUUUCAAGAUUAAAGAAGCUCCAGAAGUAUAGAGAGGAUAGCAGGAGAUCUAUGCAGGGCUCCUAUGCUAAAUUUGAGCGAAACAAGGUGAAGACAAUGCGACUAAAUAUACAAUCUUUCUUAUUCCAAUGUGACAACACCUCCACGAAUGAAGCAUAUGAAAAUGUGGAAUAUACAGUAGAUAAAAUUCGUCAGAAAGUAAAUUUAUUAUUAACAGAAUUUGAAAAUAGCUCUAUUAAAGAACAGAAAGAAGAGCUGAAACUCAAACAAGCUCCUCUCAUCAGUGUGAUCAAAACCUGCAUCAGACAUCAUGGUGAAUUGUUGCGACUCCAUGAAGCCAUGCAGAAAGUGAAGUAUCAACCAGAACUCUCCUUAAUAGCCCAUUACAAAUGUCUGGACAAAAUACAACAGUGUGAGAUAUAUAUGAAUGAGAACUUUUCAGACGAGUUGUUCUCUGUGAAAGGGGUGUCUAAGUACAAAGUGAGAAUAUUUAGGGAUUCAGAUACAUGCUGGAUCAUUGCAGUAUGUGCUCUGCCAGAUGGGCAAGUCUUGGUUGCAGACUGGCAGAAUGACAAAGUCAAGCUGCUGAACCAGCAGUACCAGGUGGUGAGUCACUGGGGUGUGAAUGCCAUACCAUGGGACAUGUGUGUCAUCACACCCAGUGAGGCUGCGGUGGCUUUGGGUGAUCAUGGGGUCCAGUUUAUCACUGUCACCCAGAGCAAGCUAGUUCCUGGCAGGAGGCUUCAGUUACAACAUGACUGUAGAGGCAUUGUCCACGACCAGGGAGACUUGUUUAUCUGCUCUAUUACUGCCCUGUACAAGUACUCACUGAGUGGGACACUGGUCUGCAGACUGUAUGAAGAUACAUCAGCUUCUGAUACAGUAUACAGGUGUGCUGUGAGUCCCACAGGAGACAGGCUGUACAUCACCAGCUUAAAGCAGCCCAAGCUUCUCACCCUGGCCAGGGAUGGCACACUCCUGGCUACAUACACAGACCCAGCACUAUAUGGCUCAUCUGGUCUACAUGUGACCCCUGCAGGCCAGGUGCUGGUCUGUGGAUGGGGGUCCGACACUGUACUACAGGUGGGCUGCGAGGGAGAGAGUAAGCUGGCUACGCUGGCUACUCAGGAGGAUGGAGUGUGGUACCCAGAGUCAGUCUGCUACAGCAGCACAACAUCAUCCAUCAUUGUGGGGCAGAUUGGGGACAACAUCCUGGUGUUCAGAGUGGAAUAGUGUGUACAUUCGCUGCUGAGUCAGGACAAGGAUGCUGAAGAUGUGGUGGACAAGGAUGACCUGAAUACACAGAAGGAGAGCCCCGGUUUUGAUAUAGAGUUGGUACGGCAACAGCACCAGUCAGGCCCGCACAAGCCUCAAGUCAAGCACGACCCCUCCCCUGACCCCUAGCUUCUCCCAUUUGACUUCCAGCUUCAAAGGGUCAGCAUCGUUGAACAAAUUCCUCCUAUAAAAAAUUUUGAGCACAAAGAGUUUUCACACAUGGUUCUCAUCAACCACAAUUUUCGUGUCGAGUGAUCCGCACUUGAGUCUGUUUGGUUUGUUAGACCCGAGUGCCAGAGAUGGGACAACCGUUACAGACACAAGGACUUAUUGCAACAGUUAUGGCAACAUGUACAGUCAGUUCUCAAUGUUGGACUUCACAACUAAUAUCACGAUAAAUACAAAGUUGGAUAACUCGUUCCAUUCUUUUUGGGACAAACAAUACAACGGAAAGUAACAAGAGAAAAUCAAGAAAUAUUUGUAGAGUUUUAGUCGGAAGCGUAUGCUUACCACUGGCAUACUCCUGGACAGUCGUAACUUUACGGACAGUCCCGGUUUGUCCUCACAGGUGUCCAAACUGUCCAAAGAGAACGCACUUUUGACGCAGUUGCUAACUUAGAAAGGCAGCACCUACUUUGUUGUGAACACUCAGAGCAUCCAUGGCCAUGCCUCAGGCGGGAAGUUCGACCAACAGCUGAAACAAGAUGCUAAAGGUGAACCCAUCAGGGUUUGUAACUUCCCACUCCAAUCCUUAACAGCCUGGCAUUGAGUCGGCGCUUGAGAAGGCGUUGAAAAAUGACAGCAGUUUUGUUUUGUGGUCCAGUAUGCCCUUUGGCUCUAAACCUGAUGUUAGGUAGAACUCAAACUGGGCCCUUAGCAAUAUCAGCGAGGCUAGAAUGUCAUCUCUGCAUCUUGAGCUUCAGAAAACAUUAAAAGCAAACAAGACAAACAUCAUGAAUGUUUAGGCAAUCCCAAUCCACUUAUACUACAACUCGCUCAGGAAAUUCAGCACGCCACCUUUUAACAUCUUCUCACAAGGCGCUAAAUCAACACUUCCAACAGCUGAGCCUUGGACAGCACCACCAUUGAUAUUGAGUUGGCCCAGCAACAGCACCAGUCCGGACUGCAGGAGCCCCAGUCCAGGACGACCCAUCCACUCCCCUGACCCAUAGCUCAUCAUACUUGAUAUCCGGAAAAUGGGGCCUAAUGCAUGUGCUUAAAUUGUUGUCACAGAUUAGCCUGUGCAGUUUGCACAGGCUAAUAAUGGACAACACUUUCAUCUUAAAGCAGAGCACCAGCAUUGAUAUCGAGUUGGCCCAGCAACCGCACCAGUCCCGCCUGCAGAAGCCCCAGUCCAGAACGACCCUUCCCCUCCCUUGACUUCUAACUCCUCCCCUUGACCGCCUGCCUCAAAAAGUCAGCAUCGUUGAACAACUCCGUUCUGCAGGAAAUUCUGAGCAUGAUUCUGUUCUGAACAAACGCAAUGCCCACGUCACGUUUUCCAAACAUAAGCCUGGGUAGUUUUGUUAAGCUAGAGUUCCGCGUGGGCCUGAAAGGGACAAGUGUUACAGACACAAACAGUUAUAGCAGUAGUUAUGGUAACGCUAACAGUCAGUUGUUGCUGUUGGACAUCACAACAAAUAUCAUGAAGAAUAAAAAGUUCAAUAACUUGUUCCAAUCUUUAUGGGACAAACAGAAAUUGAAAGGUAGAAAAUCAAGGAACAAUAAAAGCGUAAGCUUUUCUAGUGGGAUACUUCUGCUGUUGAUAGUUUGGACAACAGCAGGGUUACGGAGCGGCCUCUCAGCGGCCAAUAUAUCAUAAUAGAACGGACUUUUGGCAAUGUUACUGACAAAGAAAGGCAAUAAUGACUUGGUUGUGAAUACCCAGAGCACAAUACAUCCAUGCUGACAAAGAAAGGCGGUAAUGACUUGAUUGUAAAAACCCAGAGCUUGAUACAUCCAUGCUGACAUAGAAAGGCAGUAAUGACUUGGUUGUAAACACCCAGGGCACAAUACAUCCGUGCUGACAGAGAAAGGCAGUAAUGACUUGGUUGUGAACACCCAGAGCACAAUACAUCCGUGCUGACAGAGAAAGGCAGUAAUGACUUGGUUGUGAACACCCAGAGCACAAUACAUCCAUGCUGACACAGAGAGGAAGUAAUGACUUGGUUGUGAAGACCCAGAGCACGAUGCAUCGAUGCUGACACAGAAAGGAAGUAAUGACUUGGUUGUGAACACCCAGAGCAAGAUAUAUACAUGCUGACACAGAAAGGCAGUAAUGACUAUGCUGUGAACACCCAGAGCAAGAUAUAUUCAUGCUGACACAGAAAGGCAGUAUGACUAUGCUGUGAACACCCAGAGCACAAUACAUCCAUGCUGACACAGGAAGACAGUUAUGACUUGGUUGUGAACACCCAGAGCAAGAUAUAUACAUGCUGACACAGAAAGGAAGUAAUGACUAUGCUGUGAACGCUUAGAGCAAGAUAUAUCCAUGCUGACACAGAAAGGCAGUAAUGACUAUGCUGUGAACACCCAGAGCACAAUACAUCCAUGCUGACACAGAAAGGCAGUGAUGACUUGGCUG